AUAAAUUACGCAGUAUAGAGACACUAGGACUUGUCAACAAAGAAAGACAGUGACAGACUGAAAGCUAAACAUAUGUACUGAUAAAUAUUAAAAUUAUGGAGAAUGGGAAUGACCAGUAGUGUUCUUAGGAGGCGCAUUACGAGUUUACCUACAGGAAGGUGACAGGUGAGCACUGUGUGCGGAACACACACACACACACACACCGGCGCCUCCCUUCAUUGACUGUUUCUCCCUCCCCCAACCAACAUGGAUCAUCGGAGUCCACCUGCGCUUUUUAUUCAAGGUUACUCUGUUUUAUUCUAACGUGGUUUAUGUAAGGUAUCUAAAACAUUACAGUCUGUUUUAAAAGUCAACCAGGAGUUUCGAUGAAACCAUUAAGUGAACAAUGUAGCGAGCAUCAGAAGAAAAGCGCUGGGGAGAUGCCGAGUGAGGAGACGAGAACAGCACCUGGGAACGUGACUGUGAGCACAGCUCCUACUAGAGAGAGUCCUGCACAGCAGAACGGGGUUGUGUCUUCUCACGAUGUCAUAAGUCCCGUAUCCCAGACUCAAACUGAGCACCAGCCUCCAUCCUCUGCACCAGCUCCUCCUGCUCAGCCUCCCAGAGAUCAGUGGGGCGGCAAAUAUGAAUUUCUGCUCUCCUGUAUUGGCUACUGUGUUGGCCUGGGAAACGUCUGGAGGUUCCCCUACCUCUGCUACCGAAACGGAGGAGGUGUGUUUCUCAUCCCAUACUUCAUCAUGCUCUUCUUCACGGGAAUGCCUCUCUUCCUCAUGGAGCUCAGCCUGGGCCAGUAUGGAGCCGCAGGUCCCAUCACCGUCUGGAAGUGUUGUCCCCUCCUCAAAGGGAUUGGUAUAGGGAUGUUGUGUGUGUCCACUCUUGUGUGUCUCUAUUAUAAUGUCAUUAUCGCUUGGACGUUCUACUACCUGGGCAGUUCUUUCCAGAGUCCUCUGCCCUGGUCAUGUGAUGCUCUUCAUAACAUUCCCUUUUGUCGAAACAAAACUAAUGUCACCCAAAGUCCCUCUGAAGUCUUCUGGAAUGAAAAGGUUCUGGGUGUAGUGAACAGUGAAGGGCUGCAUGAUCCCGGUCCAGUGCGUUGGCCUCUAGCUCUGUGCUUGCUUGCUGCCUGGGUCGUCAUUUUCCUUUGCAUGCUCAAGGGCAUUCACAGCUCCGGCAAGGUGGUGUAUGUGACUGCCACCUUCCCCUAUUUUGUGCUAGUGGUCCUCAUCAUCAGAGGGGCCACCCUUGAGGGCUCUUUAAACGGUGUUGCCUUCUACCUCACUCCAAACUGGGCCCAUUUGGCUGAUGCACAGGUUUGGAAUGAUGCUGCAUCGCAGAUAUUUUAUUCUUUGGGUAUUGGGGUUGGUGGUCUAUUGUCAAUGGCGUCAUACAAUAAAUUUGACAAUAAUGUCAUCAGGGAUACUCUAGUCAUCACCAUUGGGAACUGCUGUACCAGUUUUUUUGCAGGAUUUGCCAUUUUCUCUAUCCUGGGUCAUAUGGCUUGGAGGAAGGGUGUGCCUGUGGGUCAGGUGGCAGACUCAGGUCCUGGUCUGGCGUUUGUUGCCUACCCAGAAGCCCUGGCUCUUCUCCCUGGAUCAGUGUUUUGGUCCAUUCUGUUUUUUCUCAUGCUCUUUAUGCUGGGAGUGGAUACACUGUUUGGUAACAUGGAGGGGAUCUGUACAGCUGUGCUGGAUGAGUUUCCUCAGCUCAGAUCCAAUCUGAAGCACAAGACGCUGUUCCUGGCGCUGCUCUGUUUCUCCUUCUAUCUCAUGGGCCUGCUGCUCAUCACUGAUGGUGGGAUAUACUGGUUCACACUCAUAGACUCAUUCAGCACAAGCUUUGGUCUCAUCAUCAUUACUCUCUUCAUGUGUAUUGGCAUCUCAUUCUUUUAUGGGGUGAACCAGUUCUGUCAGGACAUUGUGGACAUGAUCUGUCACUGUCCUCCCUGGUGCACAAAACUGCUAUUGUACUUCAAAGCCUGCUGGGUGGUUUUCACCCCCUUCCUGCUAACGUUCAUUCUGACCUACAUCUUCAUCGAGAUGUACCGAACGUCUCUGCACUAUGGCACCUAUGUGUACCCAACCUGGGGCAAAGCGUUGGGCGUAUGUAUGGGCGCCUUCUGCUGUCUGCAGAUUCUCAUCUGGGCCAUAGUGGCCGUCAGUAAAGAGUCUGGCACUCUUAAAGAUCGCUUCCAGAAAUCCAUCCGUCCCCUCAACUCCUGGCGUGUUAACAACAUCAACACAACCUCUCAGGAUCAGCACGUGGAACCCCAGAGAGUUGAGGGACCCUUCACGGUUAACCUGACUGAAGCGGACUUCACCUCCAUGAACUGGGAGGCCAUAAGCGAGGCGUAACACUGCCCCAAAUGUUAGGAGGCGUUACUGAAUCUCAGAAAGACAAGUACUGGGGAGGACUUUGGUUUGGAGAAUCGUACACUCUUCCUCACCAGUCCAGCUGGACUGAAAUGAAUUGACUGUCUUAUAGGACAUUUAAUACAAUUCAAUUUUUUUUAUUUAUGCUCAUUGCUCAUUUGACAUAGUACUGGGCCAAAGCCAGAGACCGAGAAACCCAAAAGACAUUUGGAUUCUUUGGCUGAAUACUUGAUGUCCUAAGGACUCCAUUUCAUGCUGUUCAUCUAGUCUUUUCAUCAAAGAGUGUAUAGGCUUAUUUUAUAAGGUAACAGACCUAGUAACAUGAUAUGUUUUUCAUUUACAAGAGCCAGGUCAAAUCAAAUCAGGUCAAUGCCUUUAGUAGACAUUGUUUAACAAAACAGAACUUAUUUGAUAUAGUAACAGUUCACAUGAAUAAAAUAAAAUGUAGUACAAGAGGCAUUGUAAAGCCUCUUUAGAAUGUUUAAAUAUGCUAUCAUAACCUUUUUGAAGUGCCACGAAUUCAGCAAAUAAAAUCAAAAUGGUUUCAUGAGUUGUUCUCAGCUGAAGCUGUUUGUUUACCAUGGGCAGAUUCAGCUUAUUUCAGA